ACUUGUGCCUUUUCUCUUCGAUCAGUCAACAUUAAAUGCGGAAAAACCAACAAACAAAACUCAAAUCCAGCUCUUCACGCUUCAAAACCGAGUCACUCUCUCAACUAUGGCCGCACUCACUUGCACUUCACCAACCACCACCGUCACUACCAAACUGCCCAACAACAAGAUCAUUUCAUUCCCGAGAUCAGUCUUCUUCAAACCCAAUAAACAGAUUUUCCCGACCCUCACUCCGCUCAAAUCUUCCCCGUCCCCUUCUGAUCUUUCUCCUAUUGAUUCAAGCGCUCCUCUUUCCCCCUCUACCUCUUCCUUUUCCCUGAAAUCUCGCCUCCGAAACAAUGAGACUCUCUACGGUCUUUUCUUACUCUCCUUCUCCCCGACUCUCGCCGAAAUUUCCGGGUUGGCUGGUUACGAUUUUGUGGUUGUCGAUAUGGAGCAUGGCCCUGGUGGCAUUUCUGAUGCUCUCGCCUGCCUUCGUGCUCUUGGUGCCACGCGUACACCGGUCAUUCUACGCCUCCCUGAAAGUUGCCCAACUUGGGCCAAGAAGGCUCUCGAUCUGGGUCCACAAGGGAUCAUGUUCCCCAUGAUUGAAUCCCCCAAAGACGCGAAGAAAGCGGUGUCGUACUGCCGAUUUCCACCUGCUGGAGUUCGCGGAUCGGCUCAUACGGUGGUUAGAGCUUCGGAUUAUGGGAUUGACGAAGGGUAUUUGAGUAGUUACGAGGAGGAACUGUUGAUCAUGUGCCAGGUGGAGAGUGCGGACGGGGUUAAAAAGGUUGAAGAAAUCGCGGCGGUGGAUGGGGUUGAUUGCGUGCAAAUGGGACCAUUGGAUUUGAGUGCAAGCCUGGGGUACUUGUGGGACCCCGGGCACAAGAAGGUUAGGGAGAUGAUGAGGGUGGCGGAGAGAGGGGUUUUGGGUGGUGGUAGGGCUUACUUGGCUGGAUUUGCUAUGCCCCAUGAUGGCCCCCAAGAAAUGAAGUCACGUGGUUAUCAUAUGGUGUCUGGUGCGGUUGAUGUUGGGUUGUUCCGAAGUGCUGCUGUGGAGGAUGUGAGAAGAUUUAAGAUGAGUUUGAUGGAAGACUCUGAUGUUGAUGCUGAUGAGAGGAUGCAGAUGAAAGAUGCUGAUGAAAAGUACUGGAGCGAAUGAAGGAUUGGUCUGAUAGCUUUUUCUGCAGAUAAGAAAUUAUCAUUAUGCUGUUUUUCUUCUUUCUUUUUUGUAAAUGUAGUGAAUUCUGUUUUCUUGCUUUGGAUUGCCUUCGACACCAAUUAGGUGGAAGAGCUAAAACUGGGAUUACGUUGUUAGUCUCAAUUUUGAAUCGAAAGUUAUAACUUUUCAAUGAGUUUUGUAAGAUAGGUUCUUAGAACAGGAAGCUGACUUCCAUCAUCAAUCAUUGAGACUGCUGGCAUGAAACUGUAUGCAACAAAAUAAUGAAUAUUGAGUUCUAUGGAUUGUUCUAUUAUGCAUUUUACCUUA